GACAGACAGAGUCCCGGGGGUGGGGCUGGUGUUACCCAUCACACAGCAAGAGAAGGCAAGGAACCCCGCGCCACAAGGUGCUUAUCAAAGCCGGGUUGUAUGUGAAGGGCAGUAAGAGAUGGCUACAAUCAGCACCCACCAGUCAUACCCAUGUGUUCACAGACUCUCGGUCAGGAAUAAUGACGAUGAGCUCGUGAGAAUAGAAAAUGGCAACAACAGGACUCACUCACUGUGUGAGGACACCUCUUCUGAACUGCAGGGAGUGAUCUCCAUGGAGACCAAAGGGCAGCCUGAUUCCCGCCGGAGUUCUUUCACAGGCACAGGAGCUCUAGCCAGGUUCACUCAUUUCAUCGUCAUGGUGAGGAACUGGACAACUCGACGAAUGCACAGUGAAGAUCAGAGGCCAGAUUCUUUCUUGGAACGCUUUCGAGGACCGGAGAUAAAGGACGUGUCAAGUCGGGACAGCAACAGCCAAUCAGCUAUAGGCAGUCUGGAGCAUCAAGCAAAGAACAAAAGCUAUGGGCUCCUGGCAAAAUUCAUCACCAACAAUUGCAACAACAAAGAAGAUGACAAAGUGGAAGAAAAGAAAGAUGAGGAAAAGAAAGGGAAAAAUGAUGAGAAAAAGAAGGAAGUGAAGAAGGAUUGGUACGUCAUUGACCCUUCAGAAAAUCUUUACUACAGAUGGCUUUCUGUUAUCGCAGUGCCUGUACUGUACAACUGGUGUAUGCUGGUAUGCAGGGCUUGUUUCGAUGAACUUCAAACAAAAAAUCUUACCCUGUGGCUGGUGCUGGAUUACCUCUCUGAUAUAAUCUAUGUUAUAGAUUCAGCUGUAAGAUUCCGAACAGGUUUUCUUGAACAAGGAUUGCUGGUUAAGGAUACAAAGAAACUGAGAGAGAAUUACAUGAGGAUGCCUCAGUUUAAACUCGACAUGCUCUCUCUUUUACCAACAGACUUAGCCUACAUUUGGUUGGGGUUUAACUACCCAGAAGUGAGAUUUAAUCGUCUCUUCCGUUUUAGCCGAAUGUUUGAAUAUUUUGAUCGCACAGAAACCAGGACAAACUACCCUAACAUGUUUCGAAUUGGAAAUCUUGUUUUGUACAUUCUCAUCAUCAUUCACUGGAACGGUUGCAUUUAUUAUGCGAUUUCAAAAUCAAUUGGGUUUGGUAUUGAUACCUGGGUCUAUCCAAACAUAUCCCAUCCUGAAUAUGGGCGACUUAGCAGGAAAUACAUCUACUGCCUUUACUGGUCCACUUUGACCUUGACUACCAUUGGAGAGACACCUCCUCCUGUCAAAGAUGAGGAGUAUCUAUUUGUGGUCAUUGACUUCCUGGUGGGAGUUCUCAUCUUUGCCACCAUUGUUGGUAAUGUGGGCUCCAUGAUCUCAAACAUGAAUGCGUCUCGAGCAGAGUUCCAAUCCAAAAUUGACUCCAUCAAACAGUACAUGCAGUUCCGUAAAGUGAGCAAAGAUCUCGAGGCCAGGAUCAUCAAGUGGUUUGAUUACCUAUGGAUCAACAAGAAGAGCGUGGACGAGAAGGAAGUCCUCAAAAACCUACCUGACAAACUAAAGGCGGAAAUCGCCAUCAACGUCCACUUGGACACGCUGAAGAAAGUCCGGAUAUUUUCGGAUUGUGAAGCUGGCCUUUUGAUCGAGUUGGUGCUCAAGCUGCAGCCUCAAGUGUACAGCCCCGGGGACUACAUCUGCCGAAAGGGUGACAUUGGCAGGGAGAUGUACAUCAUCAAAGAAGGCAAACUGGCAGUUGUAGCCGAUGAUGGGGUAACACAGUUUGUAGUCCUGAGCGAUGGCAGUUACUUUGGGGAGAUUAGCAUCUUGAAUAUAAAGGGCAGUAAGGCAGGCAACAGGCGGACUGCCAACAUAAGAAGCAUAGGCUACUCUGAUCUGUUUUGCUUGUCCAAAGCCGACCUGAUGGAAGCCCUGACUGAGUAUCCGGAUGCCAAAAAGAUUCUGGAAGAGAAGGGACGUCAGAUUCUGAUGAAGGAUAAUUUAAUAGAUGAAGAGGCAGCAAAAGAGGGUGCAGAUCCAAAAGACCUGGAAGAGAAGGUGGAGAGAAUGGAAUCUUCAUUGGACUGCCUGCAGACCAAGUUUGCUAGGCUCAUGGCGGAGUACAAUUCCAGUCAAAUGAAACUGAAACAAAGGCUGACAAGAGUAGAGAAAACAGUAAAAAUCUAUGGCAGUGGCUACUUAUCUGAUGGCCUGGACAGUUCAACUGACAUAGAACUAGGAAAACAGUGACAA